ACCCACACACUUAGGUUGGCUUAGCAUUAUGGCUACAUAUGGUGACGAGUCACUAGACAGCUACCUAUACUCAGCGUAUAAUCCAUACGCUUGCCGCUUCCUCAAUACCAAGCCGAAAGGCGGCGGCUGGCGGCACAAGAGUUAUUUAGCGAGCUAUGGCGACGGCGAAACUUAUUUUGAUAAUCACCAGAGAGCGCAGCUUAAGUCCAUAUUGUCCCAAAUCAACCCCAACCUCACCCCCCGGCUGAGAAAGGCCAACACUAAAGAUGUCGGGGUGCAGGUAAACCCCAAAACUGACGCCUCCGUUCAGUGCUCCCUGGGGCCUCGGACACUACUGGCUCGGAGGCGGGAGACAUUUCGGAAACGGAGGCAGGACGCUGAGGCGCCCGGAAGCCCGGUGAGCACCGUGCGCUAUCCGCGCACCUUGGCAGUGUACUCCCCCAUCGCUUCUAGGAGGCUGACCUCUUUCCUGGAGAAUGACGCAGAGCAGGUGUUGGCCGAGGAGCAGUCUGGAAGUGCGGAGAGAGGCGAGGACCAGGAGAGCGAGAAAAAUGAGGUGGAAGCCGAAGCCGAGAAAGCGAGCGACGAAAUACCGGACGACCAGCUCCGCCAGCAGCAAGACGCCUGCGAGAAAACCGAGGACUCCUCCAAACCCGAGGAAGCCCCAAAGAACCAAGAUGGCGCCCAAUCAAAGGCGCGCGUAAGAUUCCAGUUCUUAGAACAGAAGUACGGAUACUAUCACUGCAAAGACUGCAACCUGCGAUGGGAGAGCGCAUACGUCUGGUGUGUGCAGGGCACCAACAAGGUCUACUUCAAGCAAUUCUGUAGAACAUGCCAGAAGCCUUACAAUCCGUACCGCGUGGAGGAUAUCACUUGUCAGAAUUGCAAGCGGGCGCGCUGUACAUGCCCGGUAACGCCGCGUCACGUGGACCCCAAACGCCCGCAUCGCCAGGACCUGUGCGGCCGCUGCAAGGGCAAGCGCCUUUCCUGCGACAGCACGUUCAGCUUCAAAUACAUCAUCUAACAUGUUUCCCGCAGUCCUGGUUGCAGCCGUGUUUCAGUAAAUGGUGCCUCUGUCUUCAACCUAAAUGAGAUGUAAAAUAAACAGCAUUGAUUCAUUGCA